UUUUCAUUGAUUAUAUGUAGCAAACAAAUUAAUAAAAACAUUAUACAUAAUCUCUUAGAAGAUGUGGAUUAGAAGCAGUAAACAACUUAAUUUAGCAAAAUAAAUACAAUUGGGAUGAUUUUUAAAAUAUUGGAAACGAAAUAAAAAAAGAAACAAAACAAUCUCACUCUACUUACUAUUUAGGAAAUUAUGAUUUAAACAUCAUAGAAAGAGUAUUAGAUAAAGAAAAUUUUUUUUUAGAGUGGGUUAAAGCAAACCAAAAUUUUACUGUAGAACUUUUAGCUGACCCAUAAGUUUUUGGGCUCUUGAUAAAUUAAAUUAAAGAGUUGUCAUUCGUUGAGAGAAUAUUUUAAUGGGAGCCUAGACAUUGGAUUAGCAUUAGAAAGAAUGUUAAGCCUGAUAAUGAAUUGGAGUAUUUUUAUCAUGAUUCAAAAUUGAGCGCUGCAUAAUGCAUACAAGAACCAGAUAUGGUGUAAAGGUUAAUAGAAUUAAAAAAGAAUAAGGAUAAUUAUUUCUUAUUGGUUAAGAAGAAAUGAACUAUCAUAUUCAUAAUUCAAUAAAAUUGAUGAAGCC